AUGUUAGUAGUUAGUGGUUCCAUCUGUUGGAAGCUGAAACCAACUACUAACAACAUAUUUCCUUAUUACACAUCUGUACGAACCAGGUGGCUCUUUAUUGUGGUCCCACUCGUUUCGAACAGAUGGCGCUUUACUGACAACUGUAAUGAUUUCAAGUCUUUUCUGCGCGCUCAGGCUGACCUGCUGGAAUCCCUGGGUUCUGACAGGCCGGAUGAGCAACCGGAAGCGAAUGGAACAAGGAAGGCCUUGGUGAUCGCGUCCUCCCCGGGUCAUGGUACAUCUCCAAAACCAUCCCCUAAACCUAAGGCUCACGCUGUUCCAGCAGCUACAGCAGCUUCAACAGGACUUCUGGCGAAGAUGGUCUCGCGACUACAUCGGGAUCCUACAACAACGUACCAAGUGGCGGAGCUCGAAGGGCCCAGCUCUCUCCGUGGGCACGAUGGUGGUGGUGAAGGAUGA